AUGUUUAGCGUGUUCAUUUUUCUCGGUUCGGCAGCGCUUUUGGGUUUGAGCCAGGCUCAUGUGCGGACACGUUUCUAUCUGCCACCGGCGGCAAGUGAAAGCUUUGCGACACCAGCUCCAAUCAUUACCAAACAGUUUUAUAGCGUAUCCGCAGCUGAGGAUUCGGAGGAGCUGCAGCCGCGCUCCAAGCAUCUGCUGAUUGGACGCGCGACACGCAACUAUCGUGUGAUCUUCAUACGCGCACCCAGCGCUCAGAGCGAGGCUGUGAAGUACACGGCCGAGCUGGCGCCGCAGGAGGAGCGUACGGUCAUCUAUGUGCUGAGCCGCAAACAGCCGGAGCUGGAGGUGCACGACAUUCAGCCGCCCAGGCAGCAGCACCAGCAGCAGCAGUCGUCAGACAAGCCGGAAGUCUUCUUCAUCAGGUACAAGACAAACGAGGAGGCGGCCGCCGCUCAGCGCGAAAUUCAAACGCAAUACGAUCAGCUGGGCGGCAACACAGAGCUCGCGGCGCCCUAUGUGGCGCCAGUGCAGUCCGUAAUUGGCGCCCUAGAUGCAGCCAAGCCAAAUGCUGCUGCUGGUGCUGUUUCUGCUGAUGGCUACGAGUAUCAGCGACCCACGGCGCGUUUUCUUUGA